CCAGCCAGAGAGUCUCUCUAAGUCGUAGGAAAACCUGUUACUAACCAGACUGAAUAUGUCCUACUUCUGGCAUUUCCUCUGCCCUUUCUUCCUCCUGUCAGCCAUGGCCACUGCGGCACCUCUUGGGCAGGAUGUGGACCCAGCUGACCCAGAGGUACAGGCCUGUGUUGCCUUCGGCAUCAAGAGCUUCAACUUCCACAGCCAGACUCAUCAGCUCCACAACAUUACCAAGUUCCACUCUGUCCACAGAGAGGAGGUCGGUGCAGGUCAGUACGAUAUUGAUGUGGAGGUGAGAGGUUGCCAGUCCUCCUUCUGUUCUCCAGACAAUUCCAACACCCAGAUUUUCCGUUGUCAUUUUGUCAUUGUGACUGCUCCUUGGAAGAAGCAGCUGAUUCUGAUCAACAGCACCUGUACUCCAGUGUCUUAGGAUGGACAGGAACUACUGUCUAUGUGCAACUACACACAUAUGUGUAAAAACACACUUAGCAUGUGUCAAUUGAAUCGUCAAACUAUGUAUGCAUUGUGUGAGGUUGUUGCUUAUAUCAGACAUGCACUAUCUAACCGAGAAAGCUAACAGACACUAACAAACACCUUUUUAAUCAGAAUUGAACCUAACACUAAUUAUUUUCAUGUUAGAAAGAAUGGAGUUAUUUGUAAGAAUAAAAUCAAUGUGAUUACUGGA